AUGACAGAAGAGAGGGAGCUCAAUGAGAUUGAUUAUCGGACAUGGAAAUGUUUUGUUCGGAUAUCGAACGAGCUCGGGGCAGGGAACUCGAAAGCUGCAAAAUUCUCGAUCGCGACGAUUGUGAUCACGUCUUUUAGCAUAGGAUUAGUGUUGUUUGUUGUGUUUAUGGUGUAUAGGCGGCGCGUGGCGUACCUAUUCACCGAUAGUGAAGAGGUCGCUGCGGCGGUGGAUCACAUGGGACCGUUGUUGGCCUUCUCCAUACUCCUCAACAGCGUCCAACCGGCUCUUUCCGGUGUUGCAAUAGGGUCCGGAUGGCAGGGUACGGUUGCGUGGGUGAACCUGACCACAUACUAUAUUAUUGGGCUUCCUAUUGGAAUCGUGCUUCUAUACUUCCUCGAUUGGGGAGUUGACGGCGUUUGGAUCGGGAUGAUGAUAGGCGUGCUCAUUCAGUCUCUCGUACUAGUUUGGAUUACUUACAGAACAAAUUGGGAGAAACAGGUGGAGAUUGCUCACGGAAGAGUAAACAGAUGGCUUGUGAAAGAUGAACAAAAUUAAUAAUGUGGGAUUACAGAUUCAAGGGCUUGAUGAAUGGUUCUUUAUAAUUUUAAUUUCAAAUAGUAAUUAAAUUGGAGAUGGUGGAAUGCUAUAUAUGGAGUGUUACAGAUCCAAGGGCUUGAUGAAUGGUGGUUCUGGAAAUGCCUAUCAUUUUCAAAUAAUAAUUUUUCUUGUUUAUU